AAUUUUGAAUCAUUUUCUAUAUAAGAAACGCUCGCAUUUCGUUUUCCUUUUUCAGUAGGCAGCUGCUGUUACUCUCCUAACUCUCCAACUGUUGUUUCCACUUCCUCUCUUCCAGAUCUGAAUCGCAAAAGGGAAUUUUCAGAUUCUUACUUUGAGCUAUUUGUUUCCUCCCUUUUCUUGGUAAGUUGAAAAAGAUGGGUCGCGGAGUUAGCAGUGGCGGUGGGCAGAGCUCAUUAGGUUAUUUGUUUGGUAGCGGAGAAGCUCCUAAACCAGGGACAAACAACUCCCAAGCUGCUCCCGCUGAAGCACCAGCUGUCUCCAAACCUGGCCCUGCUCCUGAACCAGUAGAUAUUUCCAAGCAAAUUCCUGCUGGUAUUAACAGUAUUUCCGCAAACAAUUACAUGCGUGCCGAUGGUCAGAAUACUGGCAAUUUCCUUACGGAUCGACCUUCCACCAAGGUUCAUUCUGCCCCUGGAGGCGGAUCUUCUCUGGACUACCUAUUUGGUGGACCUGGAGGUAGUAAAUGAGAUUGUGCCUUAAUAACAUCUAAUAACAUCUUUGAUAAGGGAGAGUAUUGUUUGUUGAUUUGGGGGAAGCAGUAAAGCUGUGGAUGAAAUGCUGUUCUUAUAAUCUUUGAACAUAGAAGCAAUGAAAACAUGCCUGUCUCUUGUGGUGUAAUAUUGCAGGUCUUGUGGUGGUUGUUUUGUUGAUUCAAUCAAAUGAGUUCUCCAGAUUAGGUGCACAAACAUCUAAUUCUGCAGAGCUGGGUUAAAAAGAA